AUGGCUUGUCUAGUGGGAGCAAUGGUGUUGCAGUCAGGUUUAUCAGUAAUGGAGAAUGAAGUCUCUAAAAGACCAUGUAUAACCCUCGCAACUUGUGCAAUGCAGAACUGGAAGAGUGAACGCAGUUUUAGUGGACAGGCAUCAAAGAUUGGCGUAAAGUCUGUACCUUUUAAAAAAUUGAGGUUUCAGCUGAGAAGACAAGGUUGGAGAAUAGCAUUUGCCUUGGACACUGGUGGGCUACCUGGAAAUGGGGGACAAGAGAGCGUCAAUGGUGAUAGUCCUCCUGGUCUUGGUGGAACUCGGUUGGGCAGAAUAGCAAGUGUAGGUGGCAAACAGCUACUAGAGAAGCUAAAUUCAGCAAGAAAAAACUUCCCCAUGAAAAUAUUUCUCCUCCUAUUAGGUUUCUACACAGCAAAUGCACUGGCUACAAUACUUGGACAGACAGGUGACUGGGAUGUAUUGGUUGCAGGUGUUGUGGUUGCUGCCAUUGAGGGGAUUGGUAUGCUCAUGUACAAAAAGCCCCCUUCCCUAUCUACUGGGAGGUUGCAAUCUUUUGUAGCGAUGAUGAACUAUUGGAAAGCCGGUGUGUGCUUAGGUCUCUUUGUGGAUGCAUUUAAAUUAGGUAGCUAA